CGCAAUCAUAUUUGGUUAAGGCCGGGUUUCCAUGAGGAAUUCAGGAUUGAUAGGCAAAAAAGCAUCGGCCGCCUGCGGCAGCGGGAAGAAAGACGAGGAAGAGGAAAGGGCAUGCUGGGGUGAUCUAAACGAGGAGCUGUUGUGCUGUAUUUUGUCACGUUUGGAUGUGAUGGGAGAUGAGGCGAGCUUUGAGUGCGUGUGCAAAUCAUGGAAGUUGGCGGCAGCAAGGAUGCCGGCGUUUGCAUCUCAUCACGAUCCUCCGCCGCCGCCUCCUUCAGAUUCAUUAUUUUCGGUGCCGCAUCUCAUGUACUUGGACCCCAAGACUGGCAGGUUCAAUUUCCAGGAUCCGACUCGCAGAGGCGCCACUACAUAUUCAGUACACAUUCCUCAACUAUUGGGCGAGGACGUUCACUGCUAUUAUGCCAGCUGCGGUUGGAUGCUUCUUCGCCAAGGCCCCAAUUCAUACUUCCUUUUUAACCCCUCCACCGGUGGCAGGGUAGACCUUCCUCCGGUAUCGGUACACGACAUGGGCACAAUCUCAUUCGAAGUGAUGUGCUUUUCCGGUUCGCCAACUUCUCCCUCGUGUAGAAUUGUUGGCUUUGUGAGUUGGGAGCCAGAGCAAGUGGCCUAUAUCGGAACAACAAUGGUUGGAGCGGGUUCUUGGUCCGUGUUUGCUGACACUAUCAAUUACGGGCCAGGCGGCUUCGAGGUAUCGUCCAAAUGCCCCCCCAUUGCCUGUGAUGGGAACUUUUAUGUUCUAGGUGAAUCUGGGAAUUUGGGACGGCUUUGCUUCCGGCCGAAUAUGGUUUGGUCGGACGCUUUUGGCAAGCCUGCACGUCAACUGUUUCAGACAUUCAAACAUCAAUUCCUACUCGAAAGCGACGGAGACAUCAUGUGUGUGGCAACUCUAGAGGACACCAGCGGCGAGGUUUGUGUCCUCAAGCUUGAUCCUCACACUCAUGUGUGGCAAACGGUGGACGAUCUCCAAGGAAAAGUGUUUUACGUCUCUCACUACGCAUCCUUCUCCCGAAAAGCAGUGCAUAGAGCCACCGCUAACAAGAUCUUUUUUCCCAGAUCCCACCACAAUAGAGGACUCUUUUAUUAUCUAGCAACCAAGGAGUGGCGCAACUUCCCCCAUUCUUUUUCGAGUCCAAGCUAUCAUUAUACCAAACCCUUACUUCGUUCUGCCUGGAUUCAACACCCUGCUCUUCCUCCCUAGCUACCACAACAAACUACCUCACCUGCAUUCCUGCUGCCAUCUGGCCUAGCCUAUGUCCAGGCUUGAAUAGCUCUUGUAUAGUACUCGUAUAAAUUUAUUACUUUGUUCUCAAUGCCAUGUGCAAAGUACUACAUUUAGUGCUUAAUUACUUAUACAAGACAAAUGAGCUAGAUAUCAAAUAAAACAUUGCUUUUUUCAUUAAAUUAAAGAGACAUUGAAAUUAAAAAUUCCUUAUGCUGG